AUGCAACUCGGAUCCUCGUAUGGACCGGGUCCAAUCGACUCCGCUUUUACAAACGCCGUCACCGGCGCCGCGACCGAGUUUCAGGAUACCUUCCCAGAUAAUUCAGGAUUUCGAUUUGCCCUCGUCGAACAAUGCCUACGACUAAGGGAAUCCCUCCCCAGUACGGCAAAAAGUGUAAAAGUUAUUGACUUGGGGUUGUCGUUUCUCAUACUCGCGUUGACCAUAUCACAUGGUACUACCUACGAGAUAUCCGGUGGAGGGCUCGCGCAUCUUGAGUCACUACCCCCCGAAACUCAACGCGCGUUGGACCAGACCAUUCGAUUCAAGGCAGACUUGUAUCUCAGUGUCCUCCUAGAGCGGUCGCUAGGGAGACUUCUUUCAUCUAUCGAAGACUAUCUGAAGCAUCCCCAGAGAGAAGAAUGGGCCGCGACAUGUUUCACCAUCUGCCUCCUUCUCAUGGGAGCCGAGUCCCUCCAGGUCGACAUGUACAUCAAUGGAACUAACCCUGACGCGGAUGUUAAUGCUAUGGAAGGCGGUGUGAUCAAGCCCCUAGUUGGCCUCUUCCAGGAGAGUACCAGCGGCCUAAAUCCUCUCCUGAUUGAUUGGAGUAAAGAACAGAAUGUUGACUUCUUGAGAGGCUAUCCUGUCAUUCAAUACGCUCUGGCAGACUUACAUGAACUGACUCUGGACUAUGUUUACUCGUGA